AUGGACAUGGACGUGGACGUGGACGUGGACGUGGACGUGGACAUGGACGUGGACAUGGACGUGGACGUGGACGUGGACGUGGACGUGGUCGUGGACGUGGACGUGGACGUGGACAUGGACGUGGACGUGGACGUGGACGUCGACGUGGACAUGGACGUGGACGUGGACAUGGACGUGGACGUGGACAUGGACGUGGACGUGGACGUGGACAUGGUUGUGGACAUGGACCUGGACGUGGACGUGGACAUGGACGUGGACAUGGUCGUGGACGUGGACGUGGACGUGGACGUGGACGUGGACAUGGACGUGGACGUGGACGUGGACGUGGACGUGGACGUGGACAUGGUCGUGGACGUGGACGUGGAAGUGGACGUGGUCGUGGUCGUGGACAUGGACGUGGACGUGGACGUGGACGUGGACGUGGUCGUGGACGUGGACGUGGACGUGGACAUGGACGUGGACGUGGACGUGGACGUGGACAUGGACGUGGACAUGGACGUGGACGUGGACGUGGACAUGGACGUGGAUGUGGACGUGGACGUGGACGUGGACAUGGACAUGGACGUGGACAUGGACAUGGACGUGGACGUGGACGUGGACAUGGACGUGGACGUGGACGUGGACGUGGACGUGAACAUGGACGUGGACGUGGACAUGGACAUGGACGUGGACAUGGACAUGGACAUGGACGUGGACGUGGACAUGGACGUGGCCGUGGACGUGGACGUGGUCCUGGACGUGGACAUGGAUGUGGACAUGGACGUGGACGUGGACAUGGACGUGAAAGUAGACAUGGACAUGGACAUGGAAGUGGACGUGGACGUGGACGUGGACGUGGACAUGGACGUGGACGUGGACGUGGACGUGGACAUGGACGUGGACAUGGACGUGGACGUGGACGUGGACGUGGACGUGGACGUGGACGUCGACAUGGACGUGGACGUGGACAUAGACGUGGACGUGGACAUGGACGUGGACGUGGACGUGGACAUAGACGUGGACAUGGACAUGGACGUGGACGUGGACAUAGACGUGGACGUGGACGUGGACGUGGACGUGGACGUAGACGUGGACAUGGACAUGGACGUGGACGUGGUCGUGGACGUGGACGUGGACGUGGACGUGGACGUGGACGUGGACAUGGACGUGGACGUGGACAUGGACGUGGACGUAAACGUGGACAUGGACGUGGACAUGGACAUGGACGUGGACGUGGACGUGGACGUGGACGUGGACGUGGACAUGGACGUGGACAUGGACGUGGACGUGGACGUGGACGUGGACGUGAACGUGGUCGUUGACGUGGACGUGGACGUGGACAUGGACGUGGACGUGGACGUGGACGUCGACGUGGACAUGGACGUGGACGUGGACAUGGACGUGGACGUGGACAUGGACGUGGACGUGGACGUGGACGUGGACAUGGUUGUGGACAUGGACCUGGACGUGGACGUGGACAUGGACGUGGACAUGGUCGUGGACGUGGACGUGGACGUGGACGUGGACGUGGACAUGGACGUGGACGUGGACGUGGACGUGGACAUGGACGUGGACAUGGUCGUGGACGUGGACGUGGAAGUGGACGUGGUCGUGGUCGUGGACAUGGACGUGGACGUGGACGUGGACGUGGACGUGGUCGUGGACGUGGACGUGGACGUGGACAUGGACGUGGACGUGGACGUGGACGUGGACAUGGACGUGGACAUGGACGUGGACGUGGACGUGGACAUGGACGUGGACGUGGACGUGGACGUGGACGUGGACAUGGACAUGGACGUGGACAUGGACAUGGACGUGGACGUGGACGUGGACAUGGACGUGGACGUGGACGUGGACGUGGACGUGGACGUGAACAUGGACGUGGACGUGGACAUGGACAUGGACGUGGACAUGGACAUGGACGUGGACGUGGACGUGGACGUGGACAUGGACAUGGACAUGGACGUGGACGUGGUCGUGGACGUGGACGUGGACGUGGACGUGGACGUGGACGUCGACGUGGACAUGGACGUGGACGUGGACGUGGACGUGGAUGUGGACGUGGACAUGGACGUGGACGUGGACGUGGACGUGGACAUGGUCGUGGAAGUGGACCUGGACGUGGACGUGGACAUGGACGUGGACAUGGUCGUGGACGUGGACGUGGACGUGGACGUGGACGUGGAUGUGGACAUGGACGUGGACGUGGACGUGGACGUGGACGUGGACAUGGUUGUGGACGUGGACGUGGAAGUGGACGUGGUCGUGGUCGUGGACAUGGACGUGGACGUGGACGUGGACGUGGAUGUCGACGUGGUCGUGGACGUGGACGUGGACGUGGACGUAGACGUGGACGUGGACGUGGACGUGGACGUGGACAUGGACGUGGAAAUGGAAGUGGACGUGGACGUGGACGUGGACAUGGACGUGGACAUGGACAUGGACGUGGACGUGGUCGUGGACAUGGUCGUGGACGUGGACGUGGACGUCGACAUGGACGUGGACGUGGACGUGGACGUGGAUGUGGACAUGGACGUGGACGUGGACGUGGACGUGGACGUGGACAUGGACGUGGACGUGGACGUGGACGUGGACGUGGACGUGGACAUGGACGUGGACGUGGACGUGGACGUGGACAUGGACGUAGACGUGGACGUGGACGUGGACAUGGACGUGGACGUGGACCUGGACAUGGACGUGGACAUGGACGUGGACGUGGACGUGGACGUGGACGUGGACAUGGACGUGGACAUGGACGUGGACGUGGACGUGGACGUGGUCGUGGACGUGGACGUGGACGUGGACAUGGACGUGGACGUGGACAUGGAAGUGGACGUGGACGUGGACGUGGACAUGGACGUGGACGUGGACAUGGACAUGGACAUGGAAGUGGACGUGGACGUGGACGUGGACGAGGACAUGGACGUGGACGUGGACGUGGACAUGGACAUGGACAUGGACGUGGACGUGGACAUGGAAGUGGACGUGGACGUGGACGUGGACAUGGACGUGGACGUGGACAUGGACAUGGACAUGGAAGUGGACGUGGACGUGGACGUGGACGAGGACAUGGACGUGGACGUGGACAUGGACGUGGACAUGGACAUGGACGUGGACGUGGACGUGGAUGUGGACGUAGACAUGGACAUGGACGUGGACGUGGACAUGGUCGUGGACGUGGACGUGGACGUGGUCGUGGACGUGGACGUAGACGUGGACAUGGACGUGGACGUGGACGUGGACGUGGACGUGGACAUGGACGUGGACGUGGACGUGGACAUGGACGUGGACGUGGAUGUGGACGUGAACGUGGACGUGGACGUGGACCUGGACGUGGACAUGGAAGUGGACGUGGACGUGGACGUGGACAUGGACGUGGACGUGGACGUGGACGUGGACGUGGACGUGGACGUGGACAUGGACGUGGACAUGGACGUGGACGUGGACGUGGACGUGGACAUGGACGUAGACGUGGACGUGGACGUGGACAUGGACGUGGACGUGGACCUGGACAUGGACGUGGACAUGGACGUAGACGUGGACGUGGACGUGGACGUGGACGUGGACCUGGACAUGGACGUGGACAUGGACGUGGACGUGGACAUGGACAUGGACAUGGAAGUGGACGUGGACCUGGACGUGGACGAGGACAUGGACGUGGACGUGGACGUGGACGUGGACAUGGACGUGGACGUGGACGUGGACAUGGACGUGGACAUGGACAUGGACGUGGACGUGGACGUGGACGUGGACGUGGACAUGGACGUGGACGUGGACGUGGACAUGGACGUGGACGUGGACGUGGACGUGGUCGUGGACGUGGACGUAGACGUGGACAUGGACGUGGACGUGGACGUUGACGUGGACGUGGACAUGGACGUGGACGUGGAUGUGGACGUGAACGUGGACGUGGACGUGGACAUGGACGUGGACAUGGAAGUGGACGUGGACGUGGACGUGGACGUGGACAUGGACGUGGACGUGGACGUGGACGUGGACGUGGACAUGGACGUGGACGUGGACGUGGACAUGGACGUGGACAUAGACAUGGACGUGGACGUGGACGUGGACGUGGACAUGGACGUGGACGUGGACGUGGACGUGGACGUGGUCGUGGUCGUGGACGUGUACGUGGACGUGGACGUGGACGUGGACAUGGACGUGGACGUGGACAUGGACGUGGACGUGGACGUGGACAUGGACGUGGACGUGGACCUGGACAUGGUCGUGGACAUGGACCUGGACGUGGACGUGGACAUGGACGUGGACGUGGUCGUGGUCGUGGACGUGGACGUGGACGUGGACGUGGAAGUGGACGUGGACGUGGUCGUGGUCGUGGUCAUGGACAUGGACGUGGACGUGGACGUGGACGUGGACGUGCACGUCGACGUGGACGUGGUCGUGGACGUGGACGUGGACGUGGACGUAGACGUGGACGUGGACGUGGACGUGGACGUGGACAUGGACGUGGACAUGGAAGUGGACGUGGACGUGGACGUGGACAUGGACGUGGACAUGGACAUGGACGUGGACGUGGACGUGGACGUGGACAUGGUCGUGGACGUGGACGUGGACGUCGACAUGGACGUGGACGUGGACGUGGACGUGGAGGUGGACAUGGACGUGGACGUGGACGUGGACGUGGACGUGGACAUGGACGUGGACGUGGACGUGGACAUGGACGUGGACAUAGACAUGGACGUGGACGUGGACGUGGACGUGGACAUGGUCGUGGACGUGGACGUGGACGUCGACAUGGACGUGGACGUGGACGUGGACGUGGAGGUGGACAUGGACGUGGACGUGGACGUGGACGUGGACGUGGACAUGGACGUGGACGUGGACGUGGACGUGGACGUGGACGUGGACGUGGACAUGGACGUGGACGUGGACGUGGACGUGGACAUGGACGUAGACGUGGACGUGGACGUGGACAUGGACGUGGACGUGGACCUGGACAUGGACGUGGACAUGGACGUGGACGUGGACGUGGACGUGGACGUGGACGUGGACAUGGACGUGGACAUGGACGUGGACGUGGACGUGGACGUGGUCGUGGACGUGGACGUGGACAUGGACGUGGACGUGGACAUGGAAGUGGACGUGGACGUGGACGUGGACAUGGACGUGGACGUGGACAUGGACAUGGACAUGGAAGUGGACGUGGACGUGGACGUGGACGAGGACAUGGAUGUGGAUGUGGACGUGGACGUGGACAUGGACGUGGACGUGGACGUGGACAUGGACGUGGACAUGGACAUGGACGUGGACGUGGAUGUGGACGUGAACAUGGACAUGGACGUGGACGUGGACAUGGUCGUGGACGUGGACGUGGACGUGGUCGUGGACGUGGACGUAGACGUGGACAUGGACGUGGACGUGGACGUGGACGUGGACGUGGACAUGGACGUGGACGUGGACGUGGACGUGGACAUGGACGUGGACGUGGAUGUGGACGUGAACGUGGACGUGGACGUGGACAUGGACGUGGACAUGGAAGUGGACGUGGACGUGGACGUGGACAUGGACGUGGACGUGGACGUGGACGUGGACAUGGACGUGGACGUGGACGUGGACAUGGACGUGGACAUGGACAUGGACGUGGACGUGGACGUGGACGUGGACGUGGACGUGGACAUGGACGUGGACAUGGACGUGGACGUGGACGUGGACGUGGACGUGGACGUGGACAUGGACGUGGACAUGGACGUGGACGUGGACGUGGACGUGGACAUGGACGUAGACGUGGACGUGGACGUGGACAUGGACGUGGACGUGGACCUGGACAUGGACGUGGACAUGGACGUAGACGUGGACGUGGACGUGGACGUGGACGUGGACCUGGACAUGGACGUGGACAUGGACGUGGACGUGGACAUGGACAUGGACAUGGAAGUGGACGUGGACGUGGACGUGGACGAGGACAUGGACGUGGACGUGGACGUGGACGUGGACAUGGACGUGGACGUGGACGUGGACAUGGACGUGGACAUGGACAUGGACGUGGACGUGGACGUGGACGUGGACAUGGACGUGGACGUGGACGUGGACAUGGACGUGGACGUGGACGUGGACGUGGUCGUGGACGUGGACGUAGACGUGGACAUGGACGUGGACGUGGACGUUGACGUGGACGUGGACAUGGACGUGGACGUGGAUGUGGACGUGAACGUGGACGUGGACGUGGACAUGGACGUGGACAUGGAAAUGGACGUGGACGUGGACGUGGACAUGGACGUGGACGUGGACGUGGACGUGGACAUGGACGUGGACGUGGACGUGGACAUGGACGUGGACAUGGACGUGGACGUGGACGUGGACGUGGACGUGAACAUGGACGUGGACGUGGACGUGGACGUGGACGUGGACGUGGUCGUGGACGUGGACGUGGACGUGGACGUCGACGUGGACGUGGACGUGGACGUCGAUGUGGACGUGGACGUGGACGUGGACAUGGACGUGGACGUGGACAUGGACGUGGACGUGGACGUGGACAUGGACGUGGACGUGGACCUGGACAUGGUCGUGGACAUGGACCUGGACGUGGACGUGGACAUGGACGUGGACGUGGUCGUGGUCGUGGACGUGGACGUGGACGUGGACGUGGACGUGGAUGUGGACAUGGACGUGGACGUGGACGUGGAAGUGGACGUGGACGUGGUCGUGGUCGUGGUCAUGGACAUGGACGUGGACGUGGACGUGGACGUGCACGUCGACGUGGACGUGGUCGUGGACGUGGACGUGGACGUGGACGUAGACCUGGACGUGGACGUGGACGUGGACAUGGACGUGGACAUGGAAGUGGACGUGGACGUGGACGUGGACGUGGACAUAGACGUGGACGUGGUCGUGGACGUGGACGUGGACGUGGACGUGGACGUGGACGUGGAUGUGGACGUGGACAUGGACGUGGACAUGGACGUGGACGUGGACGUGGACAUGGACGUGGACAUGGACGUGGACGUGGACGUGGACAUGGACGUGGACGUGGACGUGGACGUGGACGUGGACCUGGACGUGGACAUGGACGUGGACGUGGACGUGGACGUGGACAUGGACGUGGACGUGGACGUGGACGUGGACGUGAACAUGGACGUGGACGUGGACGUGGACAUGGACGUGGACAUGGACAUGGACGUGGACGUGGACGUGGACGUGGACGUGGACAUGGACGUGGACAUGGACGUGGACGUGGUCGUGGACGUGGACGUGGUCGUGGACGUGGACGUGGACGUGGACGUCGACGUCGACGUGGACAUGGACGUAGACGUGGACGUGGACGUGGACGUGGACGUGGAAAUAGACGUGGACGUGGACAUGGACGUGGACGUGGACAUGGUCGUGGACGUGGACCUGGACGUGGACGUGGACAUGGACGUGGACAUGUUCGUAGACGUGGACGUGGACAUGGACGUGGACGUGGACGUGGACGUGGACAUGGUCGUGGACGUGGACGUGGAAGUGGACGUGGUCGUGGUCGUGGUCGUGGACAUGGACGUGGACGUGGACGUGGACGUGGACGUGGACGUCGACGUGGACGUGGUCGUGGACGUGGACGUCGACGUGGACGUGGACGUGGACGUAGACGUGGACGUGGACGUGGACAUGGACGUGGACGUGGACGUGGACGUGGAUGUGGACGUGGACGUGGACAUGGACGUGGACGUGGACAUGGACGUGGACGUGGACGUGGACGUGGACGUGGACGUGGACGUGGACAUAGACGUGGACGUGGACGUGGACGUGGACGUGGACGUGGACGUGGACGUGGACGUGGACCUGGACGUGGACGUGGACGUGGACGUGGACGUGGACGUGGACAUGGACGUGGACCUGGACCUGGACGUGGACGUGGACGUGGACGUGGACGUGGACCUGGACAUGGACGUGGACCUGGACGUGGACGUGGACGUGGACGUGGUCGUGGACGUGGACGUGGUCAUGGAAGUGGACGUGGACGUGGACGUGGACGUGGACAUGGACGUGGACGUGGACAUGGACAUGAACAUGGACAUGGACAUUGAAGUGGACGUGGACGUGGACAUGGACGUGGACGUGGACGUGGACGUGGACAUGGACGUGGACGUGGACGUGGACAUGGACGUGGACAUGGACAUGGACGUGGACGUGGACGUGGACGUGGACGUGGACGUGGACAUGGACGUGGACGUGGACGUGGACGUGGUCGUGGACGUGGACGUGGACGUGGACAUGGACGUGGACGUCGACGUGGACGUGGACGUCGACGUGGACAUGGACGUGGACGUGGAUGUGGACGUGGACGUGGACAUGGAGGUGGACGUGGACAUGGACGUGGACGUGGACGUGGACAUGGUCAUGGACGUGGACCUGGACGUGGACGUGGACAUGGACGUGGACAUGGUCGUGGACGUGGACGUGGACGUGGACGUGGAUGUGGACAUGGACAUGGACGUGGACGUGGACGUGGACGUGGACAUGGUCGUGGACGUGGACGUGGAAGUGGACGUGGUCGUGGUCAUGGUCGUGGACAAGGACGUGGACGUAGACGUGGACGUGGACGUCGACGUGGACGUGGUCGUGGACGUGGACGUGGACGUGGACGUGGACAUGGACGUGGACGUGGACGUGGACGUGGACAUGGACGUGGACAUGGAAGUGGACGUGGACGUGGACGUGGACAUGGACGUGGACAUGGACGUGGACGUGGACGUGGACGUGGUCGUGGACAUGGACGUGGACAUGGACGUGGACGUGGACAUAGACGUGGACGUGGACGUGGACGUGGACGUAGACGUGGACGUGGACAUGGACGUGGACGUGGUCUUGGACGUGGACGUGGACGUGGACGUGGAUGUGGACGUGGACGUGGUCGUGGACGUGGACGUGGAUGUGGACGUGGACGUGGUCGUGGACAUGGUCGUGGAUGUGGACGUGGAGGUGGACGUGGACGUGGACAUGGACGUGGACGUAGAUGUGGACGUGGACGUGGACAUGGACGUGGACGUCGACAUGGACGUGGACGUGGACAGGGACGUGGACGUGGACGUGGACAUGGAGGUGGACGUGGACAUGGACGUGGACGUGGACGUGGACAUGGACGUGGACGUGGACAUGGACGUGGACGUGGACGUGGACUUGGACGUGGACAUGGACGUGGACAUGGACUUGGACGUGGACGUGGACGUGGACGUGGACAUGGACGUGGACAUGGACGUGGACGUGGACGUGAACAUGGACGUGGACGUCGACGUGGACAUGGACGUGGACGUGAACGUGGACGUGGACAUGGUCGUGGACAUGGACGUGGAAGUGGACGUGGACGUGGACAUGGUCGUGGAUGUGGACGUGGAGGUGGACGUGGACGUGGACAUGGACGUGGACGUGGACAUGGACGUGGACGUGGACAGGGACGUGGACGUGGACGUCGACAUGGACGUGGACGUGGACAUGGACGUGGACGUGGACGUGGACAUGGACGUGGACAUGGACAUGGACGUGGACGUGGACGUGGACGUGGUCGUGGACGUGGACGUGGACAUGGACGUGGACGUGGACGUGGACGUGGACGUGGACGUAGACAUGGACGUGGACGUGGACGUGGACGUGGACGUGGACAUGGACGUGGACGUGGACGUGGACGUGGACGUGGACAUGGACGUGGACAUGGAAGUGGACGUGGACGUGGACGUGGACAUGGACGUGGACGUGGACGUGGACGUGGACAUGGACGUGGACGUGGACAUGGACGUGGACGUGGACGUGGACAUGGACAUGGACGUGGACGUGGACGUGGACGUGGACGUGGACUUGGACGUGGACAUGGACGUGGACAUGGACUUGGACGUGGACGUGGACGUGGACGUGGACAUGGACGUGGACAUGGACGUGGACGUGGACGUGAACAUGGACGUGGACGUCGACGUGGACAUGGACGUGGACGUGAACGUGGACGUGGACAUGGUCGUGGACGUGGACUUGGACAUGGACGUGGACGUGGACAUGGACGUGGACGUGGACAGGGACGUGGACGUGGACGUCGACAUGGACGUGGACGUGGACAUGGACGUGGACGUGGACGUGGACAUGGACGUGGACAUGGACAUGGACGUGGACGUGGACGUGGUCGUGGACGUGGACGUGGACAUGGACGUGGACGUGGACGUGGACGUGGACGUAGACAUGGACGUGGACGUGGACGUGGACGUGGACGUGGACAUGGACGUGGACGUGGACGUGGACGUGGACGUGGACAUGGACGUGGACAUGGAAGUGGACGUGGACGUGGACGUGGACAUGGACGUGGACGUGGACGUGGACGUGGACGUGGACAUGGACGUGGACGUGGACGUGGACAUGGACGUGGACAUGGACAUGGACGUGGACGUGGACGUGGACAUGGAUGUGGACAUGGACGUGGACGUGGACGUGGACGUGGACGUGGACGUGGUCGUGGACGUGGACGUGGACGUGGACAUGGAUGGGACGUGGACAUGGACGUGGACGUGGACGUGGACGUGGACAUGGUCGUGGACGUGGACCUAG